AUAAAGUCGAAGCAGCGGGCUGAUGAAGUCGAAUUAGCAGGGUCGACGACAAGAUCGCGAGCAGUCGUGUGAGAACGCUUCUCAAAAACCUUAUUCGCCAUCUCCCGGUGCAGGAUCUCGAAAGCGAAGGGUUCCGAAGACUAACAGUCAAACAACCAAAAAAUAAAACGGCAAAAUGAAGUCGUUUCACGCGUAUGUCGUACGCCCGCGCCUUCGCCCCGGCGAGGUGAGGCGAGUCCACACUCUUUUCUCUCAUCUAUGACUUAGUGAGUGAGUAUAUCCUCCAUAUUUAAACUAGUUCCACUCUAAUUAAACUAGCAAUAUAAUACUAAAUGUUCUACCAUUCCCUAGUCAUACUCAUAUAUAGACUUUUAAUAUCUUUCUAUAAUUUAAUUGAAUUUCUCGAUUAAGCCUAGCCCAGGAAUCCAACGGUUCCCUCGGUCACAAGCCAAACAGUGCAACAGUGGUUGCUGUGCAAUCAGCUAGUAGCUAGGUAGUCGAGGUUCUCCUUGCCUCUCCUUGGCUCCUUCCAUCAUUCCAUCGUCUUUGCUCGAGGAGUCGAGGUUCAGGUUCCACGGUGCGGCGAGAGCUAGCUCGCAGCCAUGGAGAGCAAGAGCCCAUGGUCGCUGCGGCUGCUAAUUUGCUGCGCGGCAAUGGUGGCCAUCGCGCUUCUCCCCCAACAAGGAGGCCAGGCCGCUUGUUUCGUGCCGACGCCGGGUCCAGCUCCGGCACCGCCCGGCUCCUCCGCGACGAACACGAACGCCUCCUCCGCUGCUCCUCGGCCAGCCAAGCCCAGCGCAUUCCCGCCCCCAAUGUACGGUGGUGUCACCCCCGGCACCGGCAGCCUCCAGCCCCACGAGUGCGGCGGCCGGUGCGCGGAGCGGUGCUCGGCGACGGCGUACCAGAAGCCGUGCCUCUUCUUCUGCCGCAAGUGCUGCGCGGCGUGCCUGUGCGUGCCGCCGGGCACCUACGGCAACAAGAACACCUGCCCCUGCUACAACAACUGGAAGACCAAGCGGGGAGGCCCCAAGUGCCCCUAGUAGCCCUCCCUCUCGGUCUACUUGAUGAGAUCUUCUGUUCAAAAAAUCAAAAGGAAUAAGAAUCUGUUUAACUAUCUUUAGAUUUCACAAAUAAAACAGGUUUCAAUUUAUCUUUGUAGUGAAACGCUUGCAGCUCAUGUGUGAAUCUCAUCCAAUAUUAGUGUCAGAUCCCUAGCUAGCUGAUUGAUUA